AUGGCCUCGACUUCGGAUAUCCAAGUGGCAUCUGUGGCUGCUGGAUUUACCAUUGGCUUCGGGUUCUUAACGGUCUGGAAGGCAAUUCAGCACACCCUGAGAAAUCGACGGCCAUGGAAGAGCCAAUACAUAUAUAUGGUUUGGGGAGAGAUUAUUGCCAAUCUUAGCAUCGGCAUUAUAGGAUGGGUUUUUCUUGAUGGCCUCAGGACCAACGUAAGCAUCUACACCCCCUCUGGACCGAAGGAAGUGGGAAACCGAGGAAGAAAUGUCUCUUCACAUACAAAAAUCUUGAUACCCGUUUUGUUCUUCUUCUUGUUUCUCUGGGUAUUUGAGAUUCAGCUUCUCAUGCAGAUUAUCGUGAAUAGAAUUGCCAUUAUCGCCGAAGAUAGAAGCACUGUAUUCAGAUUUAAAUGGGGUACGGCAGCCAUCAUUACCUGCAUCAACAUAGCGGUCUUCUGUAUUUGGAUCCCAGCCCAUACUGCUCCUCCAGUUAGCGAUCUAUAUGUUCGCAUCAACGAAAUUUGGGACCGCAUUUCAAAAAUCCUUAUUCUACUUGUCGAUGCUGGCCUAAACUAUUACUUUCUGCGUACCGUCAAGAGACGCCUCGUCAUGCAGCACGGCCUUAGCAAAUAUGCUCCUCUGGUCAGCUUCAAUGCUAAGUUGCUGGUAGUAUCUAUCCUCAUGGAUGCUAUGCUUAUCGGUCUCAUGUCACUGCCGAAUCAAGUUGUCUAUAUCCAGUUUCACCCCGUAACUUACAUGGUCAAAUUGAACAUUGAGAUGUCCAUGGCCGAACUCAUUACGAAAUUGGCGAAGGGAGAAAACUCUGACAUGCAAAUGCCAUCCACAUCCAGCCACAGAACACAAGCCCGGGAAGAAGAAGAGCACGAUCAUCAGCCACAGAAUUACAAGCUACAGUCUGUUAACAGAACCGAGCCCAUCCGAGAAGACUUCUCAUCCAUUGACGACGACAUGGGUCAGUUUGAUGAGUCAAAGGCUGCCAGUACUCGUGGUAUCCUCGACAGAGGAAUUCAAGUGGAAACAGUCAUUAGUUCACGGAUCUCGCGCAAUUCCAGGAUCGGCAACAAUAGAGCAACAGGGAUAAACCCGGGCUCAGAUGACGAGCUCCCGCUGUCAUAUCCGGUCCGGUGA